GGCUCCGUGCGCUCCUGGAUGCAGGGCGCGGGCAUCCUGGACGCCAGCACCGCGGCGCAGAGUGGCGUGGGCCUGGCACGGGCACAUUUUGAGAAGCAGCCCCCCUCCAACCUCAGGAAAUCCAACUUCUUCCACUUCGUGCUGGCCAUGUACGACCGGCAGGGGCAGCCUGUGGAGGUGGAGCGCACAGCCUUCAUCGACUUCGUGGAAAAGGACCGAGAACCCGGGGCUGAAAAGACAAACAAUGGGAUCCAUUACCGUCUCCGGUUGGUGUAUAACAAUGGACUUCGGACAGAGCAAGACCUCUAUGUGCGUCUCAUCGACUCCAUGUCCAAGCAGGCCAUCAUCUAUGAGGGGCAGGACAAGAACCCCGAAAUGUGCCGAGUGCUGCUCACCCAUGAGAUCAUGUGCAGCCGGUGCUGUGACCGGAAGAGCUGUGGCAACCGGAAUGAGACGCCCUCAGAUCCCGUCAUAAUUGACAGAUUCUUCCUCAAGUUCUUCCUCAAAUGUAACCAGAACUGCCUGAAGAAUGCGGGGAAUCCCCGAGACAUGCGGCGCUUUCAGGUGGUGGUGUCCACGACGGUGAGCGUGGACGGACACGUGCUGGCCGUGUCCGACAACAUGUUUGUGCACAACAACUCCAAGCAUGGCCGCAGGGCGCGCCGCCUGGACCCCUCCGAAGCUGCCACCCCCUGCAUCAAGGCCAUCAGCCCCGGGGAGGGCUGGACCACGGGCGGCGCCACCGUCAUUGUCAUCGGCGACAACUUCUUCGACGGGUUGCAGGUCGUGUUCGGAAACGUGCUCGUGUGGAGCGAGCUCAUCACGCCCCACGCCAUCCGGGUGCAGACGCCCCCGCGGCACAUCCCCGGGGUGGUGGAGGUGACCCUCUCCUACAAGUCCAAGCAAUUUUGCAAGGGAGCCCCCGGCCGCUUUGUCUACACCGCCCUGAACGAGCCCACCAUCGACUACGGAUUCCAGAGGCUGCAGAAAGUCAUCCCCAGACAUCCCGGAGACCCCGAGAGGCCGGGCGUAGCCGGCCUCGGCGUGCCCGGGUCUCCUAGCUUCCUCAAUGGCUCCACGGCCACCUCGCCCUUCGCCAUCAUGCCCUCUAGCCCCCCGCUGGCGGCUGCUUCCUCCAUGUCCCUCCCGGCGGCUGCCCCCACCACCAGCGUCUUCUCCUUCUCGCCUGUCAACAUGAUCUCCGCCGUCAAACAGAGGAGCGCCUUCGCCCCUGUGCUGCGCCCACCCAGCUCUCCACCCCAGGCCUGCCCCAGAGCCCAUGGAGAGGGGCUUCCAGACCAGCCUUUUGAGGAUUCUGACAAGUUCCACUCUCCAGCCCGGGGGCUUCAGGGUCUGGCGUAUUCCUAAUUAUGGUCUGGAGGUGUUGCCCCCACUGAGCCCGGACUGGAGGUCCCUCCAGGAUUCGCACCCACACCCUGGAUGGUGGCACAGAUAGAGACAGGGCCAGGACCAGGGCAGACCUCACCCCACAGGCUGAUUGGAGAAAGGCCUUCCCCAUGCUCAAGCCUCCCCCACCAGGCCCAGAGGCCUCUCUCACCCACCUUUCCUGGGGCUGGUGGGAAGCCCCAGCACUGUGCAGAUGCUCUUGGCAAGGAACGUCCCAGGGCGGUGCUGGAAUGCCGGGCCUCACUCUCUGGGUCUUCGUUCCUCUGGAAGAGAUGGAUCUUGUGCAGACCAGGGAUGUCUAGUGAGGGGAGCAUGGGAUGGGGACCAGGGGAAAGAGGACAGCUCAGGGAGAAGUGACCUGGAAAGGUCCUGUUUGCAUCUGACCCAUCUCAACUGGCCCACGCAUCCCAACUUCUCUCCAGCAAAGGGGCAAGGCCCAGAAGCCUCAGGAGGUCCCCAGGCUCCCAUGGAGCUUCCAGCAGCCGCUUGACCCCGUGGCUGUCCCUACUUCCUUUGAGACCUGCACACUCAUGUUUGCCACAUCAUGCCUCCCUGAGGGGGUCUUGGGUAUGGAGAAGGCAGAAGAGGGGUGCCAGGCCUCCUGAGUCUGGGGUCUUCCCUCCAAUGGAUGUCUCAUGGACGCUGGCCCCAUGGAACGGGCCCGACUGCCCCCGGGCGGUCUCAUGCUCUGCUCUGCUAAGUUUGGAGAAAACAGAACAAUAAACCUGAUGCAGGUGGCCACCUGGCCUCUCCUGCCUGCUUCCUUGCUGUG